AUGGCAAAUUUUAUCAAGAAAAUAGUAGAUCGAGCACGAUCUCGCUCCAGUUCACCUACCAAAUAUCAAAACAAUGAUUCCAAGCGUUGGAAGCAAUUAAAAUUCCAGCCAUUACCUCCAGGAGUUCAUAGCUAUCCAAUUUAUGCUGUGCAACCGAAGCAAUCUCACACAAAUCAUACUUCAUGUUGUUCAAAGUACCAAAACAACGAAUGUUGUAAUGUUCCCAUAAAUAAUACAACAUUACCUCCAACAGCAAAUACUUCUCAACAAUUUUUAUAUUUGAAACCAUUGACAAGAGUUGGAAGUGGUGGGAAUUGCAGUGAGGUUGAUUCAGUAGACAUACAGGUAGAAGUGUUAGAUUCUGUAUCCAGUCAUGAUCAUCAAUUAAGUAAGCACAGUCUUAAAAAAAUUCAUCUCAACCGUCCACGUUCAGCACGUUCAAAUAGUCCACUGAAAAAAACUUCUACAUCGCCUGAUGUAACUUCGAAAAAAAGUCGCUCUAAGUCACCAACAAAAAAAACGCUUCAGAUUACGAACACGUUAGAUUACUUGUCAGUGCAAUGUGCAAGUGAAGGAUGCUCAGCUGCAUUAAUUGUUGAAGAUACAAAAUUUCUCGUUUGUAAGCAUCAACUUUCACAUGCUAGCGAUUAUUUCCGUACAUUGUUUUUAACAAAUAAAUCAAUGCCACUAUCUGGGAGCUACCAGAACUCCUGCAAUGAGUUUGCUAUUAUUGUUUCUACGUACACGCACCCUCCACCUGCUUUACAAUUCAAAUGGUUCCUCGAAAGUACCAUUCAAUCUCCUCUUCUCAAUGAUAUUACUGAUGAAACAUUGGAGACGUGUAUGAGGUUGUCAAAACGAUUCCGCGCUAUGGGAUUAGAAGCACGAUGUAGCAGAUAUAUUCAGGAUAACGUAGCAAAAAAAACGCCACUAGUGGCUCUUUGUUGGCUGAAUUGGAUUCUGAAGCACAAAUUCGACCGUAAUACGUAUGAUGCUUGUUUGCCGAAUGUCGCUACGGCGUCAUUACAAUGCCUUGAGCGACAUCGCAACAUGAUCAGUGAGCGAUUACUAGCUGAUCUUUUAGCCGCAAAGCUAAGGACAAUCUAUGAUCAAGCAGUAACGGUGUUCCAAACAAUUCACAAUAUGGAUCAUUUCCACGUGGAUGUUGAUCGAUGUCCACGCUGUGGACGUCAACAAGAACAAGGAAAAGUCCGUGUGCAAGCAAGUCCAUGCAAGAAAUUACUGGGAUGUGAAAGAUGCAUGAAACACAUGACUUGCGAGCUAAAUGGUAAGAAUCGAGAAGCCUUGCAAGCUUGCUAUCAAUGUCCUCAUGGCUUGAUACCUUUAAACGAUCACACACCUGACUGCCAAUGUCAGAUUCCGAUAUUAGCAUCACACUUGAAGGAAUGUAACUUUUCUUUUCUUCCCGAUCAGUGUUGA